UCAAGGCUAGGACACUGUAAGCAAAGAGUGUGUAUUAGUUCCUGUGUGAGCAGCUUAUUCUCUCAUUCUGCUGCUGGAAAGCCGUGAGCGAGACAGCACAAUGACCAGCAAACCACUAGCGGGCAAAGUUUGCCUGGUGACUGGAGCAAGUCGGGGAAUCGGCAGAGGAAUCGCCUUGCAGCUUGGAGAAGCCGGGGCAACAGUCUACGUCACCGGUCGGUCGCUGGACCCAAAAGGCGAGGGAAAACCUGGAUCACUGAGAGACGCAGCGGAUGAGAUUGAGGGACGAGGAGGCAAGUGUAUCCCUGUGCAAUGUGAUCAUGGGGAUGAUGAGCAAGUCAAGCUGCUGUUUGAGAGGAUCUCCAAGGAGCAGAAUGGACGACUCGAUAUCUUGGUGAACAACGCGUACUCGGCAAUAUCAGCGUUGCUAACAACGAUUGGAAAGACUUUCUGGGAGAUGCCAGUAUCCAUGUGGGACACAAUCAACAGGGUUGGUUUAAGGGGCCAUUACGUGGCCACGUGGCACGCUGCUCAGAUGAUGGUACCUGCUAAGCAGGGUCUCAUUGUCAACAUCUCAUCUCAUGGAGGUCUCUUCUAUUUCCUCAAUGCUCCCUACUGCGUGGGGAAAAUUGGUUGUGAUCGCAUGGCUGUGGACUGUGGCCUGGAGUUGAAGAAAAACAACGUUGCCAUGCUAUCAUUGUGGCCAGGACCGGCAAAGACGGAGCUGGUACUAGAAAAGUGGACCGCAGAGGACAGGACAGAUUUCGAAAAGGCCAGUUACGAAUACGUCAUGAAGUAUGGCGAGACAAUCGAGUAUUCUGGAAAAGUGAUUGCCCACCUUGCAAGAGAUCCCAAAAUCAUGAAUAAAACCGGUCGUAUUUUCAUCACCGCAGAGCUAGGAUAUGAGUAUGGGUUCCGGGACAUCGACGGUAAAGCUCCGGCAAGUUUGCGGCAAGUCAAGUCACUUUUCCACUGGACUGGCCACCCAUGGCUGGCCGCCUUGACACCCUCAUUCAUUAGGUGUCCAUACUGGCUGAUGGCACUUUUAGGAAACCACUUCUAGAAAAGUAUGGCAGUGUGAAUCCAGGGUAGAAAUAAUGCAUUACAAUCAAUGGCGAGUAUCCGCGGAGCAGUCAGGCAUCCCCCCACAAAAUGCAAUCUAUUUGUGACAAGUAGUAAGAAAAAUGGUGAUUUGGUGACCCUUCCGGAAGCUUGUAAAGAGACCCAACCUUCAGCCUCGUCCUUCACAAAUGCAUAAAAGGUUACCCAAAAAAUGCCACAAUAAUUGUACCACAAAACCAUUUAAUUGAGUUCCCGUUGAAAUUUUGGUUCUGGAUCUCUCAAAAUUGAUGCCUGAGACAUCCAGGAUACGACUCGCCUCAGUUAGUUCUAGAACUAUAGGUUUAAAUAUUGAAAUUAUCGGGGUUCACAAUCCUGUGGUCCUCUACAGUUCCUCAAACCAAACUGGAGUGGAUAUUUGUGUUUCAGGUUGUUAUUAAUAUCGUUGUCAUAGUCGCCUUCAAAAGUUGCACUAAACGUGAUAGACCUAAAAUGACAGAUAACCAAAAGGCUGGCAUGUAAUGGUUCCAAAUCAGAAAUACCUCAUCAAACAGUUUAACAGACGUAAUUAAUAUUAUCUAGUUGAGAGGUUCUGUUAUAUAAUUUUUUAUUUAGCAUCAUACGACGCCAAUCGUGUGUGUGUGUGUACUGGUGUGUGUAAGGGGAGUUUCGAUUAGGGGUUGAGGAAAUAGCCAUAAAUGGAUAUUUGAUUUUCAGAGGUCUUUCAGAUACCUUUAAUUUCCAAUACAUAAUAAUUUGGCAGUAGUUUGUGGGGAUCUUUUUUUAUUCUUGACCAUCUCUGAAAACAUUUGUUUUUUUGGCGGGGUUGUUUGUUUGUUUGUUUGUUGGGGUGUUGGGGUUGUUUGUUUGGGUUGUUUGUUUGUUUGUUUGUUCGUACGUCAAGGGAUGAAAUUAUAUUUGUACAAUUUUGACCUCUUGGUUCGCAUAACUACCGUAUCUAACUGAAGCGCCAUCCUCGUUCCAAUAUAAUAAAGCAUGUACAUGUCCCAUACGUCGAUCAUGAUGCGAAAUAUUCAUUGUGGAGGUACUCUACUGAACGUCCCGAUAAAGGAAUUAUGCAUCCCAAGUUUACCCUUGAAUUGCAUCAUGGUGGUGCAUAUCACAUGAUCUCGUACAGAAAUUUGAGUUUUCCUUUCCUAUUAUUAACAGCGCGUUAGACGAAAAAUUUUCAUGUAAAAAUACUAUAAGUGAUUUUUAGCGUUAAGUAUACUCAGAUUUGUUUUCGGAUACUUUUGAAUGGUGAAAUACAAAUGAAAACGUGUGGUUUGGCAAAAUUGAUAUAUUACAAUGUCGAAGUGAUAAUAAAAACACCGUCUUGGUGAUAAACAGAGUUUCUUGACCGUGAUACGUUAGUGUAAUUUAUGAUUUAAAAAAGUUUGCAACUAGCAAAUACGUUAUAGGCUUGAAUUUCUGAAAGGAUCUGUUGUUGUCUAUAAAUUAUGACAAUCGUUUGUCUUGUUUAGGGACGUUUGACAUAUUUACUGCUUUGUUUUUAUUCAAGAUUUUAAAAAUUGGGAGACGUAAACAUCAAAGGUUUGGUUAAUUUUCACUGCUCUCAAGACCCGUUUUAACGUCAAACACAUAUUCAUAAUGGUAAAAUAUCUGACUUCAUCAAUGAAGUUCUUUUCAAUUAUUAAGAUCAGUGGAAUUUUGUUCAGCAGCUCGAGAUCAGCGCAUUUUCAUGCAUGGUUUUCAUUUACACUCUGCUGGUGAGAACCAUGUGCUUAAGACCCGCCUGAUGCCCGCCUGUGCUUUUUCCGUAAUUUAAAUUACCAUGUUAGUGUUUUGCACAUUUAGGAUACGGCCUAAAUGUACGCUGUUAUGCUCAAAUGUCACAUUGUAAACUGACUAUUCAACCGUGGAGUUUGAAGUAUUCAAUAUGAUAGUGGGUUUUUAAAAAAUAUUUUUCUUUAAAAAUUGGCCUUUUUGAAGGCAAAAAUUGAGUUAUAAUCAUACUUUUGAACGUUAUAAAUUAUGAAGUCGCGCACUUUGCAGCUUUAACCGUUAAAUUGGCUCUUCCGUGGAUUUUAUAAAGCAAUAUUCGCCUAUCCCAUAUAAAAACGCAUUGUCCUCUUGUCACAAAGAUAAAAUAAAUUUAUAUCAUUUAUUUACUUUAUUUGCCUUACCCUGCA